AGCAGAGUCAUGUUGGGAGAAUAGAAACCGAAAGUUGUAGAGGCAUGAAAAGGGAAAACGAAUCUUAACUAAAGGGGAGGGUGUCGAUCAGCUGAGGCAGACAAUAUAAACAGAGGAGACAGCUGCUCGAGCACAUUGGUUGUUUCUCCCUCAACUCGGACUGCAGCUCUCCACAGGAAUCUGAUAAAGUUUUUACAAGAUCUCUCCCACGAUGGAUUUAACCAUCGUUAUGCUGAACGGGACAUCCCACAACAUGCGUGUGGACCACCAGGACACGGUGGGCUCUCUGAAAAGACAGAUCCAGCAGAAACUGGGAGUCGCCUACGAGACCCAGAAGCUGGUCUUCACAAACGGCACCAGCACCCACCUCAACGACGACUCGAAGCCCAUCAGCCACUACGGCUUGGGCCCCGGGGCCCGGGUGUCCCUGCUGGUGACGCAGCCUGAGACCAUCCAGGUGUUCCUCAAAAACGAAAAGGGGAAGUUGAGCACCUAUGACAUCGGACCCAGCGAGACCGUGGGCUACUUCAAGAGCCGGGUGAAGGCCCGAGAGGGGGUCCCGGAGAACCAGCAGAGGCUCAUCCACCAGGGCCGAGAGAUGUCACAGGACCAGAGUAAACUGUCCGACUACGGCGUCCAGGCGACGAGCACCAUCGACCUGUGUUUCCGCCUGAGAGGAGGUUGAGGACACUUGUGGUUCAUUUGUUUCCAGUUCGUUUUCUGAACAUUCCUCCAUUGGAUUUAAAUGAAACAUUUAACUUUGAAUUCCUCUUCUUUAUUAUUUAUUUGUAUUUUCUUUUGAAAACCCAUUGCAUUCCUCAAUGCUGUAUUCUGUAACAUCUCAGGCAGUUGUUUAGGCUUUAUUUGUUAUUGAGCAGUUCAAAUAUAUUAUUCAGACAGCAUUAUGAUUACUGGACACUGUUAAAAACUAAUAAAAGUGACUUUCAAUUAUCAAA